AGUGGGUGUUGCAGCACAGCAUUAAUGUAUGUUACAGUUGCAACCAGCCCAGCUGGUGCUUGUUCGUCCUUGGAGAUAUCAUGCUUUGUGAUAGCGGGAAACCACUCGCAAUCAAUCACAGCAUUGGGGAAGGCGGGUCUCUCAUUGUGGUACUCUGAGGCAGGGGGCGAACUAGGGUUGCACGGCCAGGGCAAUACACGCCGCACACGCGCUCGCGCUUCAUGUGCGCCCGAACGAAUGAGCGCCUACACACACAAGGACAUAGCCAACGGUGAUGACGUGGGGGUGGCAUUGGUGGCCGCGGCAGCAUGAGGCAGGGCACGGAAGAAGGCGGUGGUUGCCGUACGCCACGGCGUACGAAUAGGUCGGAAGGGCCCGCGCGGAUUUGCCACAGGGCGUAGGUGCCGUGCUGCGGAAGGGCCCUGCCAGGCCAGGCAAACACAACCACUGGUCGGUGGAGGGGUGCAUGGAGGCGUGUGUGUGUGAGAGAGAGCGUGUGUGCGUUUGUGUGUGCGCGCAUCACAGCCAUGUCGCCGCGCCGGCGCCCGCGCCUGCAAUGGUGUGCUGCUGCCGCAAGCGGCGGCGGGUGGCGGUGCAGGGCGUGGUUGACAGCUACGAUGUGGCGACUUUGGCGAGUGUGGCGGUGGUGUCAGCCCAUGACUUGCGCCCUUGGGUAUUGGGAGCUGAGGAUAUGAACGGCACGGCCGCCUGCGAUCGACCCGAAAAGUUGCAGGGGCGUGUGUGGCGCCGGCUGAGGUAUAUCCGCAUACCGUAUGCGAUGACAGGCGAUUCACGCGCUUGCAACGCCAAAUCCACUUGGCUAAUAAGCCUCCUUUGGUUGGUGUAGUGCGCGACGUAGACACACGCGGCGUUGCUGACCAUUGGCACUUUGUUGCUGGACUGCUGGUCAGGAGCCGUCAGUGUGGAAGGGGGCGGUGGUGCAGAGCGCCGCGUGUGUUGGGCGAGGGGUAGCGCGGAGCAGGCACGUACGCAAGCGCCGCGUGUCACGCCGCGACUCAGACUAUACGUGUUGCUGGCGGUGCCGGGCUGUGCAGCAGACAGAAGAGAUGCGGCGCGCAAGUGGUACGGAUACUGCGGGCAGGUGUAGGCCAGACUGGGUGAGGAUUGGGGACCGCGGCCGGCGCAGGCGGCUGACAGGGAGGCGGUGAAGCGGAGGAUGCCUUGUGGCAAUGGCAGGUGACUUGGUCCAUUGCUUGAUGCUGGGACUUUAUCCCUCGUACUAUCUCGCUACGCUCGCAACUGGAGAUUGCUGAUGAGCCCAACUGGGGAGUAGUGGCUGGGUGGGUGGCGGCAACAAUUUUCGUGGUGCUGUUGGAGUAUGGAAAGGCCGCGGUUCUGUAAGUGAGUUGUCAGUCUGUCUGCGAAUGGUCAUUAUUACCGCAUAUGGGUGGCACUGCACGGUGGCACUGCCUUCCGUACUGCUGUUACCUUAUGCUGUCCCAUAGGGCCGCCAAGCGCGGCCCCCCAAACUCACUCCAAUCCUAAUCGGCGGCAGACGUGAUGGCGCCUGAGCGCGCCCAUGCCGCCCAUGCGGCAUGACAAGAGAGUACUUCGCUAUGCAAGGUUUGCAGGCGUCGCGUCAUACGUUGCCCAGCGCACUGCAAGCUUGGUGUGUGGGGAAGCGGCCCGAUAACCAUUGACACGGCAGUCAUGAAGGCGGGUGCGCGGGCCGCUGAGCUUACUGGUGGCGUGUGUCCGGCUUUGUGUGACGAAGGUGCUUGCGUGCUUUUGUUUGCAGCACAUAGCCACGUACCCAUGUCUGUGUGUGUGUGUGUGUGUGUGUGUGUGUGUGUGUGUGUGUGUGUGUGUGUGUGUGUGUGUGUGUGUGUGUGUGUGUGUGUGUGUUAAAAAACGAAACGAAAGCCCGCCCAGACGACGCCGGAGUUACUUACCGAUACCUACCAAUUUGUGUGUGUGUGUAUGUGCUAAGGCAAACUAAGACAACUGCGCGUAGUCAUGAUGAGUUACUGCGUGGAAAGGUGCCGGGAGAGGGGCAGUGUCGUUGUGUAGCUGCGGGGCGCAGGGCCGAGUGCCUGGGGGUCCAUCGGUGCGUGUGUCUGAUCGCAGGUGGGGCCGCACCGGCGCAGGCUGGGGCAGGGACUGAGUGGGCAGGCAGAACAACGUGUGUGCACAGCGAGCUCGCACAUACAACACACAACCAGACCGUGUGAUUGGAGCGGUGCCACGAGUAAUGCGAGGCACGUCAUUUGGUAGCAGUAGAGCAUCGGCACAAACAAGGGCAUAUUUGGUUGGAUCAGUGGCACAGGCAGAGGCAUCCCAAGAGUAUGGCGCGGUGUAAGGAGGUGUGUAGGUGUGCGAUGGGACAGUGGUAAGGCAAGGAGGUGUGUAGGUGGUUUGGAUGGCGAGGGAUGCAAGGUCGGAGGGGACUGUAGGGACACUCGCAUGCUACGGCUCUGGCGGGUCCGUGCAGGGUCGGAGGUGCUGCCGGUGACCGGCAACGAUUUGGGUUGAGGGAAGCAAAGACGCAAGAAAGCGGUUGGGGGCUGUCGCCACUGCAAUGACGGCUUACG